AUGCAUCCCCUUCGCCGCUGCCUCCUUCUCCUCCUUCUCCUCUACCUCCUCCUUGUCUCUGGAACAUGGGCAGACCUGGAGGGGACCUUCACUAUCCGGUUGCUCCAGACCUCAACCUUCCAAAACACCUCCUUUGUGGACACAGAGGGGCUGGGCCUGCUAGAAGACAUCGAGCUUGGUUCUCUUGAUAAGCACACCUGGACCAUCCACUUCUACCAGCCCUGGGUGCGCCCAGCCCUGCCCCGCAGUGACUGGGAGACCUAUGAGAACAUGAUCAAGAUCUAUCUGCAACGGUUCCAUCACCUGGUCAAUGAAGGUGCCAUGAAGAAGGAUGUGCCCUAUCCCUUUGUGGCCCAAUGCAUGGCAGGCUGUGAGCUCUACCCCAACAGGACCUCCCGAGCCUUUGCCUAUGUGGCCUACAAUGGCCAGGACUUCCUCAGCUUCAACACAGACAAUGGCACCUGGCUCUUCUCCCAAGACACCAGCCUGACACGGUACGUCCAGGCCAUUCUCCAGAACUAUACUGCCUUCAACGAGCUGGUGGAAGUCCUCUUCAACAAUACCUGUGUUGAUGACAUGGAGGUGUUACUGCGCUAUGGGAAGGAAGCUCUGGAGAGACAAGAGCUGCCCGUGGCUACAGUCUUUGCCCGCACACCCAGCCCAGCCCAGCUCCUGCUGGUUUGCCAUGUCACUGGCUUCUACCCACGGCCCAUCAGCGUGGCAUGGCUGCGGGAUGGCCAGGAGGUGCCA